AUGCCCGAAAGACGACGCACAGGAGUCCGGAAGAGACGGAAACUGUCCCAAGAGGCAAUUCGAUCUCCGCAAGGAUUACCAGAAAUCAAUGAUGACUUACAGUCGGGGGGUCUAGUCAUCGAAGAUGAUAUCCUCUUAUCCUCCGCAGAAGCCCCACCGAUCACACCCAGGAAUCACGUCACGCACGUGGCAAAGGAACCGAGAUCGUUGGACCAUGGCAGUUUUAUUGCCGAUCACUCUGUUCUGGCCUGCGACGCCCCUACCCACCUCACCGUGUCAGAGGACUCGAUCACUCAACCAGACAGCGUCAGAAACGCAGUACUGGAAGCGACCAAAGCUACCACCCUGUUAAGCGCACCACUUCGCAGAGCUUUGAUUGACUCCUUUUUUGACAACGCGCUGCAUAUGUACCACGUAAUUGAACCAGAGGAUGUCUCAUCCCCGAAUUCGUCAGUACUACUCCAGCAAGCUGUCUGUAUGGCAGGAAGCCUUAUGCGGCGAGCCUCCGAUAGUCUACAACUAGCCCAUUGCCUGUAUCAAAAGGUCAAGACGCUGAUAUACUUGAACUACGAGCCCGAUAAUCUCAUCACAUUGAAGGCAUUGUGUUUGAUGUCGUGCUGGAGUGUCAAACCCCCUGAUCGAAUCAGCUUGGAUGGGCCCUGGUACUGGACUGGGGUGGCAUCACGGCUCGCAUUUCAGAUGGGGCUACAUCGCGAGUCAACAUACGAUUGCCGGCCAUAUGCGGGCUGUCUACGAAGGAUAUACUGGCAGCUCCACAGCGCCGACAAACUACAAGUUGCGUCCUGGGGCCGUCCCCCAACAUUCAUCCCGGACUUCAUGCAAGUGAACCCUCUAACACUCGACGACUUUCAAGUCAAAGAUUUACGAGCUGAAUGUUUUAUCCAUGGUACAAAGAUUUGUGUAUUGAUCGGCAAUAUUGCAGAACUCAAUCUGCAAAAGGAGCUGGUCUCCAAGCAGAAGAUAUCGGAGAUCAUCACGUCUUUAUCUAGUUGGCUGCAGCAUCUCCCAGAUAAGCUGCAACUAUACGACCAGGAAGGCACUCGCAAAAGGUUUAGUCACCCUGUGUCCGAAAUCUUCAUCAUGUACUUUGUAGCCAUCAUUAUGCUGCAGUUAUUACAAGACGGGACGAAUCAGCAGACCCAUACCUCAGUACACUCACUCGUUGCCUCAUCCUGCAUUACAAGGCUCUACGAAGAGAUCCACUUGCGUGAGGAAACGGCUUAUCUACUUCCAAUCCACGGCCUCUACUGCAUGAUCGCCUCCCUUCCACAAAUACACUACCGGCCACGGUGGACGGAAAAGGAGGCUAUGCACAGAGAGGAACUCGACAUCCUGUGUUCCAUAAUGACCAGCAUGCGAGUCAAAUAUGGCGGGUCAGACAUGGUUUUGCGGAAAAUUGAAAGAAUGCGGAACGAGGUCGCAACUACAACAGAUCGAUGUCUCGUGGAUGGCAGUUCCGCCCAACAACAGGUAUCUGAAUCUCAGGCGCUUUUCCCAUUUCCCACCAGUAUAUGCAGUCAUAUGGACCUGAUACAACAGCCUGGAAACCCCGAAGAAGACAUCUUCGACGAUCGUUUCAUUCCCCUCGAAAGCGAGUGGAGAAGCUGGCUUCUCACCGAGGGCCAUGGCUUUGCUGACCUGCUGGGCGCGUACGCUGGGUGAUAACGAAGUUUUUCUGUUCACAAGCGACGCGCACCUUAAGGAUCCAGAAGAAUCUCUGCUCUCUCAACCUCCCCCUUUUCCGUUUCCGCUUUUUCUUUUCUUUCUCACCCCCCUCGCUUCGCUGGAAAUACCAGGGACACAACACUCUGCUCUUUUCACAGUCAUAAAAUUGGCUACUGAAUUAGCCUGCCAAGUUCUAAGGAGUGAAAGGGGAAAAGAGAGGGAGAAAAGUAUUGUGAUCGGGAUUCAAAGCUGAUGCAGAAGAAAAUUCCGAACGGGCCGAAAUUGAAAUCCCGCGUUGGUAGUCGGCAGUCGGCAGUCGGCAUACGAGACCCACUAAUACCGCCAUCGUGUUUGGUAUGCCACGGGGAAAAUAAAACGGAAGCCUCUCUGCAAAAGUAUAGUGUGAGAUACGAGUUAUAGAAGAACGAUGAUG